AUGGCCUCCAUUUCUACGCCCUCCUCUGUUCUUCCCAAUUCCCGGCCGGCCUUCACCGGCGCCGGAUAUAUUUCAUCUCCGUCGACUCGGUUUCGGCCUCCGACGGUCGCCACGGCAUUAUCUAGCCGCGAUGUGGGCAGUUCUGCGGCGUAUAGGGUUGGGGAUUUUAUGACGAAGAAGGGGAAUCUGCAAGUUGUGAAGCCUUCUACUACUGUUGACCAAGCCUUGGAGGUUCUGGUGGAGAAGAGUCUAUCUGGAUUUCCUGUAAUUGACGACGAUUGGAAACUGGUCGGUGUUGUCUCAGAUUACGACUUACUAGCUCUAUGCGCAAUUUCAGGAGUACACGUUGAAGAGAUGAAUAUAUUCCCAGACGUGAACAGUAGCUGGAAAAGGUUCAAGGAGAUGCAGAAAUUGUUGAGCAAGACCAACGGGGAAGUUGUAGCAGAUUUGAUGACGCCCGCUCCAUUGGUUGUUCGUGAAGCUAUGAACUUGGAAAGUGCGGCCAGGGUGUUGCUCGAAACAAAGCUCCAUCGUUUGCCGGUGGUAGACUGCGAUGGAAAGCUGGUGGGGAUCAUUACAAGAGAAGACAUAGUUAGAGCUGGGCUGCACAUCAAGCGCACUCACCAGAGUUAAUAUGGCUGCAGCUUUUGUUAGAGAUUAUGCAUUAUUUUGCCUAUACCAAUUUUGACUCAUUCAUUUACCCAUUUUGACACAAUUUCGUUGAAUAUGAUUAUGAGAUUUGUCGA